AUGUCUGGACGUGGAAAGAAACGCGCAGUGCCGGGCAAACCUGGAGCUGCCUCGAAAAAAACCAAGUCCGCCAGGGCUGGUCUGCAGUUCCCCGUGGGUCGUGUCUACAGGCUCCUUAAAAGAGGGAACUACGCUAAGAGGAUCGGUCUUGGUGCUGCCAUCUACCUGGCUGCAGUGCUGGAAUAUCUGAGCUUGGAGAUCCUGGAGCUGGCAGGGAAUGCUGCCCAGGAAAACAAGAAAGCCAGGAUUGGGCCCAGGCACAUCCAGCUGGCCGUGAGAAACGAUGAUGAGCUGAACAAGCUCUUGUCCUGUGUGACCAUUGCGCAAGGAGGGGUUAUGCCAAAUAUUCUUUCCCAGCUCUGUCCCAAGAAAACUGUCAGAGAUGCUGCUCCUCCUCAGGCACAAAGUGGUAGCCAGUGA